GUCGCCUCUGCCCAUUAUCCUCCCGACAAGGAGGUCCUGACAACUUGGCGUACCUACAACCUAGUUGCUAUAUGUGAUAGUAUCAGUGUAAGAAACGGAAUGCAACCAUUUCAUCUGGGUUGCUGCGAGUAACGUUGAACUCGCGGCGUUCACGCUGGAAUGAUCACGAUUUCGACACGUCCAUGUCGGCAUCUGCCGGACUGUCAUACCAGAACGCGUCGAUUGCGUUCGUUCAUCGCUCUCAGACGAGUCUUUAUAUCUAUUUCUCUUAUCAUCAUGCGCCAGUCUAUGGCUUCGAGUCGUCAGUCACAUGCGCCGCCUCAGGCACCUAGUGCUCCAGCACAAGCAAAGUUGCUAGAGAAGAAGAAAGAAUGUGAAGCUGUUAUCGCCUUGGAAAGAGCCAGUGCGAACUUCGUUCGGCGUAUCGAAGCUCUUGGAGAUGAUUUUGACGUGAUUGCGGAUGCAGGUACCGUACAUGGCCAGGUGCUCGAGCAAUGGCCUAACAUGUUCAGGAUACUGGAUUUAUUUCUAUCGACGCGGCAGCAAAACACGGAACGCGAGGAGCAGCGUUCAACAGCUUCUUCAGGUGAACGCUUAGUCCGCAUUCCAAUAGAAGACCUGCAAGCCUCGACGGAGAAGGACUCUUCGUGA